CAAGAGACCCAACCAGGCCCUGCCAGGAAUUCGUACUAAACCAUCUCCUGACUGUUUCUUCUUCCUCCUGCAUCUCAAUCAUCCACAACAGCCUCGUUGGCACUUCGCUCGUGACUUACCGUUUUGGUCUGUCGUGAUCGGACGGGAGUGUUGAACUGUUUGUUCGCCAGGGGCCUUUGUGCCGCGGGACGGUGCAGUACCAACCAGCGACCGGAUUGACGCAACCAGGUCUAGGGCUGCUGGCCUACCAAGUUUCCGCCUCUCCGCCUCGUGCCUAGUCAGCAAUCGGAUUAGGAUCCCGAGGAACGCAGCGAUAACGAACAUACAUACCUCCAACACCUACGACUCUACAUUACAGCAGACGGACGCAUAACCUAACUACAGCCAGCUUUACCCCUUGCGAUCGCGCCGAAUCCUCGACGACUCUAUACACCUUAUCGCCGUGUAAUGACGAACUACUCUACAAUAUCUGAUGGAAACGCUUCUUUAUUUAGAAGUGCCGGCGACAUGUCAAGACCUCGACGUCGCGGUCAUAAGGAUGGCGGCCAUGGAGGCCAAGCCACUACGAUUAGCAGUGUCGUAAACCUGCUAAAUACAAUUGUUGGAGCUGGCACUCUUGCCAUGCCCUCAGUUAUGUCACAUAUGGGUAUCAUGUUGGGAGUGGUGCUGAUAUUGUGGUCUGGAUUGACUGCCGCUUUCGGUCUUUACCUACAAUCUCGAUGCGCUCGAUAUCUCGACCGAGGAACCUCAUCCUUCUUCGCCCUAUCGCAAAUCACCUAUCCCAACGCCGCCGUUAUAUUCGAUGCUGCAAUCGCAAUUAAGUGCUUCGGAGUUGGCGUGUCUUACAUGAUUAUCAUUGGAGACCUUAUGCCUGGUGUGGUGUUGGGCUUCCUCAGCAACGCUAAUAGCGCUCCGUAUCUGGUCGAUCGAAACUUUUGGAUCACCGCGUUUAUGCUUAUAAUUAUUCCUCUGAGCUUUCUGAGGAGGCUGGACUCACUGAAGUACACCAGCAUUGUUGCGCUGGUCUCCAUCGGAUAUCUAAUUGUCUUGGUGAUCUAUCACUUUGCAUCCGACAAGCACGCCGACCCUGGUAGUAUCAGAGUGAUCCAGUGGGGCGGAGCUAUUGAGACAUUGAGCGCUCUACCAGUCGUUGUGUUUGCAUAUACUUGCCAUCAGAACAUGUUCUCCAUCCUCAACGAACUGAAGGAUAACUCACCAUCAAGCAUUAUUGGAGUUGUUGGCACAAGCAUUGGCUCUGCUGCGUCAAUUUAUAUUGUUGUGGCUAUUACCGGUUACCUUACAUUUGGCAAUGCUGUUGUAGGAAACAUAGUUUCAAUGUAUCCUACUGGAGCCGCUUCAACAAUCGGAAAAGCCGCCAUUGUUGUACUAGUCACUUUCUCUGUUCCUUUGCAGGUUCACCCAUGCCGAGCUUCACUAGAUGCUGUAUUGAAAUGGCGACCAAACCGUAACUCGUCGAACAACGGACGAACCGCAACACCAUUACUCCCAGCAUCCCCGGCCGGCGAUCAUGGAAGUACCGCCCCGAUGUCUGACCUCCGGUUCGCUGUGAUCACUACUUUCAUUCUCACCUUCGCCUACAUGACUGCUCUCUCAGUCACUAGUCUUGAUCGUGUCCUGGCCUUCGUUGGCAGCACCGGGUCAACUUCUAUCAGCUUUAUUCUCCCAGGUCUUUUUUACUACAAAAUCAGUAACCCAGAUAGCAUACAUCAUCAACGACUGGCCAAGGAAGAUGAUGAUAUGGACGAGGACACACCCACCUCAGAUGUGGAGGACUCUGCUGCACUGGCGCAGAGCACAACUAGUGUUCGCAGUGGUGUGAGCAUCGCUAGCAAUGCCAGCACCCGCAGCAACCGAAACUCAUGGCGUUGGAGACGCAAGUGGCGAUGGGAUCUCGAGCACAUCGAACAUCACCAUCUGCGUAGACUCGCCCUCGCACUGGCGAUAUACGGAUCCGUUGUCAUGACCGUGUGUCUUGUUCUGAACAUUUUCUUUGCUGUCACUCAUUAAUUGUAUCAUUUUCUCUUACGGCCUCAUGGAUGACAAAUGUUGGAUACAGGCGUUGUAAGAAGGGGCAUAUGAUGUUUUUCUCAGCGUCUCUGCUUCAAUAGAUGGCUUAAACUUAGUUAGACAUGGUAUUGGGUAGCGCUUCAAUACAAUUACAAUAGCGAAAAAAAAUGGAUUGGCCGUCGUGAUGUGAACCCUUCCAACAAAUAUCAUACAGUUUUCCUCGAUUGCUGCACAGGUCUCUGAUCCAGUAGCCUGCACGAGCCCCAAUACUUCUCGACAUUGAUAUGGCCCUCUGGGUUUUCGACUCCAUCUGAACUUCGUGAUAACGUCCUGAAACCAACGCCCAGAGAUGCGUUUUCGUACAAAUCAUACAACCCCUAGGCCACUCAUCGAAUUCUGACCUUCUCCUGGUCUAUGACGCCCUUUGUGUUGUCUUGCUUGGGGCCAAAUGGCUUCUUUGGUAGAAUACCCACCAUAGAAAGUAACCUCCAGGCUGUGUCUGUGGGCUGUGCACCAACACCGAUCCAAUACCUCGCGCGUUGACUAUCGAGCUUGAUAUCCUUAUGAAGUUUUCCGGAUGUGUCGUAAGGGUCGGGUUUAGGAAUUGGGUCGUAUGUGCCAAUGACCUCGAGCGGGCGGGAGUUACGAGCCGUCCUAAAUACCUGUUAAUGGUGCGCUCAAUUGUAACAUAUAUCAUGGGCUGACGCACCGGGCGUGGGCAAUGACAAUAU